CGUUAAAGAUGCAUGACCAACUGGUCGAGUGACAUAGUAGCUGUCGGUUACACCUGUGAUACGAGAAACACGCUAACCGCCUGUUUUUUUCUGCGUUAUUACCUAAUUUACUGUACGACGUUCCUCGAACACCUUCCGAGCUCGAUAGAUCAGCAGGAGUAUCGAGUAACCGAGCGACACUGCACGAUUUCGAGCCAAGUCUCCACGAGACCGGACCCCAACAACGCAAUGCACCUAGCCAAGGAAGCGAUAUGGCAAGCGAAUAGGACCGAAUGAAAGUAAACACCCGGCGAAAUCCACGAUGGAAUCUUUCAAUCCAGUGAAAGUGGUGCUGCUUAUGUUGCUUUUGCAUCAGGAUGACGAAGUGUCCGCCGAUUCAAUGGAUCGAGCGAGGAAUGUAUCUGAAAGAUUCACGUCUACCACCACGUUGACGGUAAAUAUUAGGGAUGACGAUGAUCAAGAUCCUUCCUUCAUCUACCAAGGCUGUAUGCUCUUGGAUGGUGCCUGCAUUAAUCCAGAAUAUUCAGCAUCCGUAUCGAGCGGGGUGUUAUCCGGGAUACUCAAUAUAUCGCCGGAGAAAAUACAAGCCGUUGAUAUGGACAGCAUAAACGCGCUCAUUCAUUACUCGUUCCUCAGUGGCAGUCCAUCGAAUUAUCGGGAAUUUUUCGAAAUAAACCCAAACACCGGUGCCGUGAAGCAAAUCAAAGCGGUCGAUACAACGGUUACGAAGAAGUUCGAUAUCAUCAUCAAGGCCGUGGAAGUGUCAGAAGCAAAACGAUCAGCCACAGCUAAAUUAACUAUUACCGUGAAGCCAGUCGACAGCAACCCACCAAUUAUAACAGCAUCGAACGUGGAGGGUUUCGUCGAUGAGAAUGCCCCGGUUGGAACAAAGGUUAUCGACAAAAAUGGCAAACCUAUAGUGCUCACCGUUUCGGACGCUGAUCUGGGUCCCGAAGAUCCGAAACCAGCUUACACUUUCGAAUUAACUACCAACUACUUCGCGAUUGAGUCAUCCGGGAUGUUGAUUGUAAACGAGGAGAAUUUGGACCGCGACCCUCCGAGCCCUGGUCGUUUCCGGUUUCAAGUGGUCGCCAGAGAAAAAUCAGGCGUCGCUGCUUCGGCGCCAUUGUCUUUUGUCGUGAUAUUGAACGACGUUAACGACAAUGCACCUAUGCUUCCCAUGAUAGCACCUAUCACUGUACAAGCUGGAGAAACGAAGAGAGUGGUAACAAAGGUGGAGGCAACGGACAACGACGAAGGGGAGAAUGCCGAAAUAACUUACAGCAUUUAUCACGUGUCGAAUAACGGACUGCAUAAAUUCAAGAUCGACCCGAAGACCGGCGUAAUCGAAUCGGUGAGGAAGCUGAACGCCGGCGAGCAAUUCAGCAUCACCAUCCAGGCAACCGACAAGGGUGGAAAAUAUUCGCAUACGAUCGUCGAGGUGAACGUGAUUCCAGGGCCGAAUACAAGGAGCCCGGUGUUCCAGCAGUCGGUGUACGAGGUGCAAGUCAGCGAGGGAGCCUCGAUUAAUUCCACGGUUGCGACGAUUACUGCAGUUGAUCCAGAAAACGACCCAGUGUCGUACUCGAUCGUCUCGGGGAACGAUCUACGUCAGUUCGCGAUCGGUGACAAAUCAGGCGUGAUCACCGUUAUAAGGAAGUUAGACCGGGAGGAUCUGACUCGUUAUCAGCUGCUGAUAAAGGCCGAGGACUCCGGCGGCCUGUUCAACACGGCAACGGUGAACAUCAAAGUGACAGACAUCAACGACAAGAAUCCUGAAUUUGUGGAUCUGCCUUACGAGUUCACCGUGAAAGAGGGAGAGGCGCGGAAAUUGAUUGGCCGGGUGCACGCUGAGGAUGCUGAUGAAGGGAUCAACGCCGAGAUAACCUAUUUCGCGCCAGACGAUAUACCUUUCACGGUAGACCCUGAAACUGGAGACGUGUUGACGAAGAUCGUUUUGGACUACGAGCAGAACGACGAAUAUAAAUUUGUGGUAACGGCGAGAGAUGGUGCUCCAGAUUAUCGUUUAGCCACAGCUACAGUGACAGUGAAAGUCAUAGACGUGGAGGAUGAGGUUCCCGUUUUCCAUCAAAGUAGCUACGAGGCUCGAGUUAAAGAGAACAUGCCAGAUUACACGGUGCUCCAAGUAACGGCUGAUGAUCCGGAUACAAAAAAGCAGAUCACAUACAUGAUCAAACAAGGGGAUACCGAACUCUUCAGUAUAGAUCCAAAGACUGGAAUUAUAAAAACGAUUCGCGGUUUGGACUAUGAGAGAGAGAACCAGCACAUCCUGAUAAUAGGCACUGUCGAAAACACCAGCGAUUCACCUGGCUCUACUACAAAGGUCGUGGUCAACGUUCAGGACGUUAACGACAUUCCACCAGUGUUUACGUCAGUUCCGCGUCCGAUCACGCUGGAUGACGACGUUCCCAUUGGCACAACGGUCAUCAAUCUUAUAGCAACGGAUUCCGAUGGUACUGCUCCCGGAAAUCAAGUGAGAUACGAAAUAAUCGGCCGGGGGAUAUCAAAUAAAUACUUCGUGAUCGAUCCAGACACUGGCGUGCUUCGAAUACGAGACGAUCUGCGAAAGGAAACAGACACUGAGUAUCAGGUUGAUGUGCGCGCGUACGAUAUGGGAGAACCGCAAUUGUCGUCUGUCACGACGGUACCGGUUUACGUUCAUCACGUGGCUACGGUGCCGCCGGAAAUCGGUUUGGGUUUCGCGGAAAAUUCCUACAACGUCGAGGUACCCGAAGAUGCGGGCGACAAUACGCUGAUCAAGAUAAUCACGGUCAUUAAUAGCCACGCACACGACACCACGCCAUUGAAAUGCGAGAUUUAUAGCGGUAACGAGAACGAAUUGUUCGAGGCGAAUGUUACGGAGGAACGGAAUUGCGCGCUUAGACUGAAGAAAGGAGCUUUGGAUUACGAAACGACGGAAUCCUAUCAAGUGAAGAUCAAGUUGGAAUCUUUGUCAGGUUUAUUGAACUCUGGCAGGAACACGACAAUGGUGAAGAUUCAAGUGAUCGACGUGAACGACAACAAACCCGAGUUCAUUUUUCCUGACAGCAGUCCAAAAUUAUCGAGAGGACGAUACUUCGCUGCCAUUCCACGAUCAGCACAAUUUGCAUCGACGGUGAUACAAGUGAAAGCACACGAUAAGGACAACGGCAAGUACGGGAAGCUUGAGUACAAGAUACUAGGAGGUCGAGGAUCGGACUACUUCGCCAUGGAUAGCUCUUCCGGAAUAAUUAGAACCACCGCAACGUUCGACAACGUGGAUCUAGCGGACCUUCCAUUCAAGUUCGACGUCCGAGUUCGGGACAAUCCCAAUUCAACCGACAACUUCAAGUCCAUCGUCGCGCCUGUCAUAGUGAAUCUGAUCGGAGAGGAAAACCUGAUGAUCCUGGUAGUUCAAGACGCGCCUCCAGACGCGUUGCAGAAGGAAGCAUCGAAGAUAGCUGCUAUCAUCGAAGACAAAAGCGACCUCCUGAUUGGCAUCGACAGAGUAGCCGUGAGGAAAAAUUUGACGAGGAAUGGAACCGUCGAAAUGUAUCCCCAAGAUUCUGACGUGUGGUUCUAUGCGAUUGACCCGGACACGGAAGCCAUUUUAGACAGAAACAGCUCGCGCAUACAAAGGUCGAUCAUCGAAAAGGCGGCCAUGUCGAAUAUCACUUUUGACGUGUCUACGCUGGUUCGCGCGAACGCGAUAGACAUUCACGCGCCAGUAAUGCCACCUGAACCAGUUCGUACGCAAACCGCCAUAGCUUUCAGCGGCGAGGUGUUUCCGUACGCGUUGAUAAUUAUCGCUUGUGUCAUACUCAUCCUGGGCAUAGCUGGGAUCAUCUACAUCUGCGUUUCCUGGUCCAGAUACAAAGCGUACAAGGAACGGAUGCAGCGAAUGUACGUCGUGCCCCGUUACGAUCCUGUGUACGUGGAGCCUAAUUUGAAGGAAUACGAGACGCAGGUGCUUCAAAUGAGCGUGCCCGUGGACGACAACGACAGCUACAACGACCUCCAGCUGGAUUUCAGUAACAAGAAUCACGCGUUCAGCCUGGACAAUGUUAGUUAUAUUACCAAAGAUCACGGAGAAAGUACUGGUCAACAAAGUCCUGUGAGCUCCGAGGCAGCGACUACAGCGCGCGCCUCGAGCAUAGUGGGGACUCACGGAGAUACCAACAUCCACUCCUUGCGACGAUCUACGCUCGGCAGAAAGAAUCACAACAACAGUAACGCGAACACGUUGAACAACCACGACGCGACGCCCGUCUUGAAUCCACUCUACAACCAUGGCAACGACCUUCUGAGUCCUAGUCCUUCGAACGAUAACGUGACGUUCAGAGAAAAAAGGGAUUAUUCUCAUCUCGGAUUCACGUACUUGGGCGAGCAGAGCCCGGUAGAGACGACCACGGAAUUGUAAACGAGGUUACUGCACGGAAUCACAGAUGGUGUUCGAAUAUGCUCAAGUCCCGAAACUUUUGGUGGAUUUCUCGCUGCGUGUUGUGUGCGGCGCGAUAACGAGGACUUUUGUGCCCAUAGUGACGUAGUUCUCACACGGUAUCGAGCUAUCGGUAAAGAAGGAAAAUCGUCGUUAAUCAGUAAAGAAGAAAAAUCAUCUUUGAUCAGUAAAGAAGAGAAAUAGCCGUUAAUCGAUAAAGUAGAAAAAUCGUCGUUAAUCGUGCGACGUCGAUAUACCGUCGCUCGUUUCUAAAGAUGGCAGCACAUUUCUGAGAUUAAUUUUCGCGCAAAGCAAUCGCGAUACCCACGAGAAUUAACAGUUUGCUUCGCAGUUCCGACAACCGACUGAACUGAGAGCAGAUGCCGAUGCAUUUCUAAACAAGCGCAAGAUUUGUUCCGCGCGACGAACUUUCAAUCGAACUGUCGCGAUGAAUAGAGCGCCACGUGUGCUGCGACGGAACGAGGUCGCGAAUACUUUGUGCGAUCGAGAACAAAAACCGGCGUGCUUCAUUCCGUGUACGCAUCGGCAAGCUUCCACCGUUGUCCGCGGCGUGGCGCACGCAAUCGUAAUUCAGCAAAAUCCGAGUCGAUAACGGCGCGUCGGAAACCAUUAUUUUCGCGAUUUUGUUCGGGCGCAACCGAACGCGCGGUUUCCACGACUGUACAACGAAAUUGCCAUCGAUUUUGCGACACAACGAGUUUAAUGUGAUUCAAGCCUUUUGUUCCCAAGUGCCCGGCGACACCGCGUUAUUUAUCGCGUCGCUGAACGCAGGGAAGUUUAAACGCGACGUCGAAAGAUGGAGACACCUUCGAUGUAAGUCUCGUGUCGGAUCUCUGCUGUGCAAUAGUUUAUCGUCCCCUGCGAUCAACGUGGCCGAGUGAAUCUUAUUUUUCGUGCAACACGGUCGACGAGACCUCGUGUACAUGUGAAACGAUAGGAAUUUUUAUUCGGAAGAUUUGCGGUAAAGACAUAGCAGUUAUGAGUCAGCGUACCGUCCAACUUAGCAAAUAAGGGUUAAUAAAAUAAUUGAUUUAUAAAAGGUGUGUUUCGAGCGAAUGAUCGAACGUGUGUUCUGUAUAUGUGUGAUCGGCCCAUGAACUUAAAUAUAUGUAUAUGUAUGAGAGACCCACGUAAGACCAUUGUAUAAUAAGAUCUUUCUAUUUAUAAUCGCGCGUUUGCUCAUAUUAUUUUAUUAUCUUUUAACGAUAUCCAACCAAUGGUAAGCGUCGUUAUGUGCUGUUACGGAUGUAUGAUCGUCGAUGUGAAAUUUUUCAACGAUUUUCACGUCUCAUUGUUUUAAUUCCUUCUCUCUUUAUUGGUCGAUAUCGCAAUCGGAUUGUAACCGUCAGCUAAUCGCUGCAUCAAAAAAGCAAAGUGAUUUUAUGCAUCAUGCUCUGUGCUAACUUUUUGCACAGUGAACGUUGACUGGAACGCGAAACGUUUGGCAGGUGUUUAAUAAAUAGGGGUAAUUAUGUUAUUAAGUGUAAAAUACGUGAAACGCGUUUAAGUAUGAAAAUACUGGCAAUAAUUAGUCGAGAAACGUUGUACUUAAAAUGACAAUUGAAUAUACAUUUACUUCGUCCUUUUUAUGUAAGAAAAUACGUUAAAUUGUUUAUAAUUAACGCAUACAAUGCGUUACGAGAACAGUGUCCAAUGGUGGAAUUUCAUUGUGAAAAUUGUGAGACUUAAUCGAUUAAAUCUCUAGUCGUACGGCGAACAGCCCGACUGUAUUAUAAUGAAUCUAUCUUCCGAUUGAUCGUACUCUGUUUAGGAAAUAACGUUGAAAAAUUAUCUGU